AAACCUAAAAAUAAAUUGAAAUUUAUAAAAAAAUUUUUUAAUAAAAAUUUUAAAAGUAUUCUUAAUUAAUUAAAAUUUUAAUUAAAAUUAACUUUUCUUUUGGCUACAACUAUGUUUGCUUCAAAUCUUUUGGGACGUUUGACAAAAUUCUAUACUUAUCCCUGCUCCAAGGUAACAUUUCUGCUGCCCUAUAAUUGCAAAUCUUCCAUAUGUAAUUAUACAACGAAGAAAGCAGUCACCACUACCCGUAAAUCACCACUAGGUACAAAAACAAUUUCACCCAAACCCCAGCAAAGUUAUAGUAAAAACUCUGAUGAAUUUAAAGCAAAAAGAAAACCAUCAGUUCCGAGAAAUUUUGCUACAGAAUUUGCAACACCAAAUACAAAAGUGAAUACCUCUUAUGGCAGCACUACGAAAAAAAUGCCGCAGACAAUAUCCACCUUUGAAGGACUACGAGAAUUUUUUUCACAUCCAUUAACCUGGGAUCGUAAUAAUGGCUAUUUGAAUAUAUUAUUGGGUUUGGCUAUAUUUGGUUAUAGCUUUUGUACUACUAGCAGUGGAGAGUCGGGUACAGUAUAUGGGGACAAAGGAAAGUAAUCUUAUAUAAUUAUUCGAAUCAAAAAUUUUGUAAAAUGGCAGAUCGUAUACUUUAUAAUAAACAUUUUUUAAAUUUGUAUA